AUGUGUGUGCGGGGUCCGAGGCUGAAAGAUACAGUGGAGAUCGUGUCGCUCAAACCAUGCCACCUCACCAUGGUCGAAGAGGACUAUUCCGAAGAUCUGGCCAUUGCACACGUCAGACGGCUCCUGGACAUCGUAGCCUGCACCACCUGUUUCGGGUCCUCAAAACUUUCGGGUCGACAGAGCCCGAAAGAAUCCGGACCCAAAGAUCCGGGUUUGAACGAGGCGGAAGCGGUCCCAGAAACCGCCGGCUGUGAAGCCGGUUCGAAGCCGAGAGGAGGCGGCGACAAGAAGUCGACGAACUCGGCCGCCGUCGGGGCACCGAAGGCGAAGCACGGAGCCAAAUCGACGAGGACGGACAGCUCCUCCGGAGGCGAUGCGACGGAGAAGGGUGAUGUGGCGGCGGCGAUGUGCCCUCCGCCGAGGCUCGGGCAGUUCUACGACUUCUUCUCGUUCUCUCACCUGACUCCCCCAAUUCAAUACAUUAGGAAAUCCACUCGUCCAUUCCUUGAGGACAAAACAGAAGACGAUUUCUUUCAAAUAGAUGUAAGAGUUUGCAGUGGGAAGCCAACAACUAUAGUUGCUUCCAGAAAAGGGUUCUAUCCUGCUGGAAAACUUGUUCUUCUGAGUCACUCUUUGGUUGGAUUGCUUCAGCAGCUAAGCCGGUUUGGGAACCUUCCUUACGGUUUUCGAGCAAACACAUGGGUGGUCCCUCCAGUUGUUGCAGAAAAUCCAUCUACCUUCCCACCACUUCCUGUGGAAGAUGAAAACUGGGGGGGAAAUGGGGGUGGACAAGGAAGAGAUGGAAGACAUGAUCAGAGAGAAUGGGCAAAGGAGUUCGCUAUUUUGGCAGCAAUGCCCUGUAAGACCCCAGAAGAAAGGCAAGUUCGGGAUAGGAAGGCCUUUCUACUUCACAGCCUAUUUGUUGAUGUUUCAGUAUUUAAAGCCGUGGCAGCCAUAAAACUUAUAAUUGAUAACUAUCUGUACUCUACACAAGAACCUACUUCAUUUCUGCAUGAGGAACAAAUAGGAGAUUUGCACAUUAGGGUAACCAGAGACAUGCCUGAUGCAAGCAUGAAGUUGGAUGGUAAAAAUGACGGGAGUCUUGAUACACCUACUUUAGGUGUAGUUGUCGUGAGACACUGUGGUUACACUGCCGUUGUUAAAGUUAAGGCUGAGGUAAGCUGGGAGGGUAAGAAUAUGCCAGAAGAUAUUGAAAUUGAGGAUCAGCCUGAAGGAGGUGCUAAUGCACUGAAUUACUUGGUUGAUGUGUCAUUUGCCUCUCUCUCUCUCUCCAGCUUGAGAAUGUUACUGUACAAGUCAUCCACACCCCAGUCAUCUAAUGGGGCUCAGAAGUUGCAGAAUGUGGAUUUUGAAGAUUUACAUUCUUCAAGGUCUUUGGUGAGGAACGUGCUUGGUGAAAGUUUGCUUAAGUUGGAGGGAGAAUUGAGUAGGAAUGCAAGAUCUAUCAGAUGGGAACUGGGAGCCUGUUGGGUGCAACACCUGCAAAAUCAGGCUUCUGGAAAAACUGAGGCUAAGAAAACUGAGGAAGUCAAGGUUGAGCCUGCUGUGAAGGGUCUUGGGAAGCAAGGUGGAUUGCUCAAGGGAAUUAAGAAGAAAACAGAAGACAAGAACGGUAAACCGGAGCAGGGAAAAGAAUUAAACAGCCUUGAUGAGAUGAACCAAAAAUCAGACACAACUUGUCAGAGGGAUGUGGAAAAGCAACAUGAGGAAAAGGAAAUGAUGUGGCGGAAGCUAGUCCCUGAAGAUGCUUAUUUGCGCCUUAAAGAAUCAGAAACUGGCCUUCAUCUUAAGUCACCUGAUGAGUUGAUUGAGAUGGCACACAAAUACUAUGCUGAUACUGCCCUCCCUAAACUGGUUGAACUUGCAGACAAGCUUCCUCACGUGCAAUCAUUGUGUAUACAUGAGAUGGUAGUUCGAGCUUACAAACACAUAUUGCAAGCUGUUGUAGCAGCAGUUGAUAAUUUUGCUGACUUGGCUGGGUCAAUAGCGUCAUGUUUAAAUGCAACCAUAUACCAGCAAAAAGCUUUGGAUAUAAAUGAGAGAGAGCUUGGACUUGAUCAUCCAGAUACAAUGAAGAGUUACGGAGACCUAGCUGUUUUUUACUACCGGCUCCAGCACACAGAGCUGGCCUUGAAGUACGUCAACCGUGCACUGUAUCUAUUGCAUCUUACAUGUGGACCUUCUCAUCCAAAUACUGCUGCCACCUAUAUCAAUGUAGCAAUGAUGGAAGAAGGUUUGGGAAAUGUCCAUGUGGCCCUCAGGUACCUCCACGAGGCUCUGAAGUGCAACCAAAGGCUACUUGGAGCCGAUCACAUACAAACUGCUGCCAGCUAUCAUGCUAUUGCAAUUGCUUUAUCUUUAAUGGAGGCCUACUCGUUGAGUGUUCAGCAUGAACAAACCACUCUACAAAUUCUCCAAGCAAAACUUGGAUCAGAUGAUCUCCGUACACAGGAUGCUGCUGCGUGGCUUGAGUACUUUGAGUCUAAGGCUGUAGAGCAACAGGAGGCUGCACGUAAUGGUACACCAAAGCCAGAUGCUUCUAUCUCCAGCAAAGGCCACCUAAGUGUAUCGGACCUACUGGACUAUAUAGCCCCAGAUGCAGAUAUUAAACUAAGAGAUGCCCAAAAGAAGCAAGCUCGUGCAAAGGUUAAAGGCAAAUUGGGCCAGACUGUGGAAACAAUCACCGAUGAAUAUCAAAAGGAGGAAACAUUAUCACCUACUCAUCUUGUUAUGGAGACCCAUAGUGACAAAGAAGGCAAGAACGAAACAGAGGGCAAACCUGAAUCUCAGUUUAUAGAAUCCAUGGACAAGAAAAUUGAUUUUGGUCUAUUGGAUCGGGUGGUAUUUGACCAAAAUGAUGACAUGGCACAAGAAGAAACAUCUGAUGAAGGAUGGCAAGAAGCUCUCCCAAAAGGUCGCUCAACUGGAGCUCGCAAGCCUUCAGGUUCAAGGAAACCUAGCUUGGCAAAACUGAACACAAACUUCAUGAAUGUUUCCCAGUCCAUGAGAUACCGUGGGAAGCCCAAUAAUUUCAUCUCUCCAAAGACAAAUGAGUCCGCUUCUUCAAGUGGCUCCCCUUCUUCUGCUCAGAAGAAGUUUGUUAAGAGCUCAAGCUUCAGUCCAAAGUUAAAUAGCCCUACCACCCCAGCUACAGCAACAGAAAAGUCUGCAAACACAAAGUCAGCCCCAUCUAGUCCAGCUUCAACAGAUCAAGUUUUCAAAUCUGCCCCCAUGGUAAAUUCAAUCAGUGUUCAGGCAGCUGGAAAGCUUUUCUCAUACAAAGAAGUAGCUUUGGCUCCACCUGGUACCAUUGUGAAGGCUGUGUCAGAACAGUUGCCAAAAGAGAGUAGUCCUAGUGAGCAGAAAGAGACACUUGUCUCAGAAUCAACAAAUGUGAAGGAUGUGAAGGAAGAAGAAGCUCAGAAACCCGUUGAAGAGAAAGAGCUUGAAGUUCCUGAGAAGCAAAUGAAAUGUUCUGUCAGUAACGAACAAGAAACCAAAGUUGAGGAUUCCAAGACAGACUCCUUGGAGGAAAAAUGGAGUGAAGUUACUGAAGAAAGAGAAAAAGGACCUAAAAUGGUUGUGGAGGUAAAGAAUGUUGCUGUUGAAGCCAAAGAAACAGAACCUGAGGGACCUGCAGUUUCAGAAGUGAAGGAUUUGUGUACUUGUAAUGAUUCAAAUGCUGCUACUUCUGAACACAAAGAAUCUAAAGCAGUCGAAGCUCAUGAAGUUCCAAAUGAAGGCACAAUUGUCAUUCCAGAAAAAGAUGAUUUUAUUCAGAAAGAGAAUGUAAUACAAAAUGGAGAAAAUUCACCUGAGCUGUCUGAUGAUAAUUGUAGCAUUAGUCCUGUUCCAAAUGAUGCAGAAAAGCCAAAUGAAGCACAAAAGCAGGGAGAGACAGAAACAGGAAAAGAGACGAGCAAAAAACUAUCUGCGGAGGCGCCUCCCUUUAACCCGUCAACAAUUCCAGUGUUUGGUUCAGUGGCAAUAGCAGGUUUCAAAGAUCAACAUGGAGGAAUAUUGCCCCCACCGGUGAACAUUCCUCCCAUGAUUACGGUUAACCCUACACGUAGAUCGCCUCAUCAUUCGGCUACUGCAAGGGUUCCAUAUGGCCCAAGGCUCUCCGGUGGAUAUAACAGGACUGGGAAUCGGGUUCCCCGCAACAAACCUGCCUUCCACGUGGGAGAGCAAAAUGUUGAUGGGAACCACUUGAACUCUCCAAGAAUAAUGAACCCACACGCUGCUGAAUUUGUACCUGGCCAGCCAUGGGUUCCUAAUGGCUAUCCAAUGACUCCAAAUGGUUACUUAGCUUCCCCGAAUGGUAUUCCCUUGUCACCAAAUGGUUAUUCUUUACCGCCGAGCAGCCUUCCCAUGUCACCGAAUGGGUUUGCCCCAUCCAUGAGUGGUAUCCCAUUAAUGGAAAACGGGUUUCCAACGUCUCCACUCAGUCCAGUGGAAUCUUCAGCAGUUGUAACCCUUGAAGUUGGUGCGGAAAACCAAAGGCAAAUCAUGGAAGAGGAGAACAUGGAAAAAGAAAAAUCAUCAAGUGAUGUGGGAAAUUUAGUUGAGAAUCCAAACCAUUCAAUUGAGCAGAAAGUAACAGAGUGUCAAUCCACAGAUGAUGAAAAAUCUCACUCUGAAAUUGAAGAAAAGGCCGAGGACACAGUUUUGGCAGCUGAAGGUGUGGUUGCGACAAAUGAAAGUUGCCAAAAUGUAGCUAUGGAGGAAAAGCCAAAUAAGUGCUGGGGAGAUUACAGUGACAGUGAAUCAGAGGUUAUUGAGGUUACAAGCUGA